UGUAUCUGUCACUGCUCACUUAAGAUUUAGAAAGGGAAUAGUCCAUAGUAGCGUGAAGAAAGAGAAUGGUCCAGUGACCAAGUGGUUGGUAAAAUGGCUUGGAGGAACCAAAGAAGAGGCUACAUGGGAGGAGACUGAUUAGUUGUUGAAGAGAUUCCCAGAUUUUGUAGCUAAGUGAUGGUGCUUGUGGGCAACCUUGAUCUUAGGGGGCUGGAUUGUUAUGAGAAUUGGUCUAAUUAUGUUAAUUAGAGUUUGUUAGUUAACUAAGUAAGUUGUUAAGGUUUCAGGAGAGCAAGGCACGUGCCAGUUCUUGUGUGAACAAUUGGGGAUAUAUACCCAGAGCCUUGUAUUCCUAUCUAUCAAAGAAAUAUUAUCCAGUUUAUUUUGCCUCCUCUCUAUUUCUCUCAUUUCCUCUCAGACCUUCGGGUCUUAUUGUAUCACACUCGAUACCAUUGACGAGAUUUGUGGUCACCUUGAUUAUGUGACUAUGAACAUCAAGUUGUGUCACACAAAAGUUUGGCUUCUUAUAUGAGAUUUUCUUGAUCAUAUUCACCGGCCUAGCUACCUUCUGAAUGCUUCCAACCUCUACUUGUUGUCCGGAUAGCCAAUUACCAGAAGAGCACACUAAAAAUGAGAAAACACAAUUGACAAAGACAGAACUGUUGGCAAUGUAUUAUAAAGUUUUAAUGAUACAAUAACAGGUAUGAUUAUGUUGAAUUAUACCAUGAAAAUAUGGAGAAUGCAGGCAAAGGAAUCUAGAGAGAUAAUACUGGAGAUAUUAUUGUGACCUUUAUCAAUUGCUGGUUGGCUGAACGGCGAAGAAGUAGAAAUAUGGCUACUUGUCUUUUUGGCCUUGCCAUUUCUAUAUUUCCAAAACCAAAAACUCCAACUCUCUCUGUAAACCUCCAUUCCCUUCCCCCUUCUUCAUUCACACCCCUCUCUCUCCCACACAGAAAGCCCUGCUUUAUUACUCGCUCACAAACCUCCUCCUCUGCCCUUGCCAUGGAGUCAAGCACUGAAGUCUACAAAGACUUCUCACCCUUCCUCAUAAUCUACAAAGACGGCCGCAUCCAACGGCUCGCCAACACUGACUUUGUUCCAGCUUCGUUUGAUCCCCAAACCGGUGUCGAAACCAAAGACGCUGUUGUCUCAGAGGAUACAGGGCUCACAGUUAGGCUCUACAUCCCCAAAGCCAAAGUUACUGAGAACCCAACAAAGCUUCCUCUCCUUGUUUACUACCAUGGAGGUGGGUUUUGUAUGGGGUCACCAUUCUGUGCCUAUUACAACAGUUAUGUCGCUUCCUUGGCUUCCAAGGCAAAUGUGGUUGCUGUGUCUGUGGCUUAUAGAAAGGCCCCGGAAAACCCUCUCCCAAUCGGGUUUGAAGAUUCAUGGGCCGCGCUCAAAUGGGUCGGGUCCCAUUUUGAGGGAAAAGGACCAGAUGAGUGGCUGAAUGCAUACGCUGAUUUUGGGAAAGUGUUCUUGGGUGGUGAUAGUGCUGGGGCUAAUAUAGCACAUCAUAUGGGUUUGAGAAUUGGGUAUGAGGGUUUGGUUGGUGUGAAGCUCAAUGGGGUUGUUUUAGUGCAUCCCUAUUUUUGGGGGUCAGAACCAGUUGGGGAUGAACCCACUGACGCAGAGAAAAGAGCAAUGGCUGAAGGUAUAUGGAGGUUUGCUUGUCCAACGAGCAGUGGGGUAGAUGAUCCGUUGAUGAACCCGACUAAGGAUCCGAAAUUGGGGAAGUUGGCGGCGGAGAGAGUGCUAGUUUGUGUUGCUGAGAAGGAUGGAUUGGUGCAUAGAGGGUGGCAUUACAGUGAGCUGUUGAAGAAAAGUGAGUGGAAUGGGAGUGUGGAGGUUGUGGUGUCUAAGGAGGAGGAUCAUGUGUUUCAUUUGAACAAUCCAACUGGGGAUCACGCUGUGGCUCUGAUGGAGGAGAUAGUUUCCUUCAUCAAUGCAUGAAAUUAAGUUAUUUGUUUCUCUCCAUUGAUGGGAAAUGCCGUAGUCAAUUUGUAAUAACUUGUGUUCUAAGCAAAACACUGAACUGAAUUGCUGUUUUCUUCAGCUCAUCCCAUUUUGGGAUCAUAGCCUAUUUGUGUUUCUUUGACUUCUUCAUAUGGCAAGUACAUUGAGUACUGGGCCUACCAGAGCAAUGGCAUUGUGUAUUAUGGCCUUAAAAUGAUGUGUUAAGUCUUAGCUCGUUUGUUAAAUAAAACUCUACGAGGUUACAAAUUGAUCAACAAAUCCUAAAAGGGCCAGAAAGUACCAGCUGAAGUCUAGCCAGGGCAGGUUACUUAACAAAGUAACAAUUCUACCUGCACUAAGAAUUCACAAUCAAUUUAUACAUUCACACAGCAGUUUUACUAAACAAAGUACAUAAAACAUAAAUUGAAGCAGUAGUACAAGGCACGAGAACAAACAUUACGACAACGAAAAUUCAAACAAGCUUAGAUUCAGGUAAGGCUAAACAGACACUAAUAUUUUUUUGAAGAAAGACAGACACUAAUUGAUUAAAGAAUUGACCUUUAUCAGCAUAACCUGAGCACUGUCAUAGGUUGGAUUGAACAAGUAAAAAAAACAUGGCCUUCCCCCUUUGCUUGCGAGACCUCCACAGCACCAUUCCAUCCACUCUUUCUAAGGACCUAGCUGUAAUACCAGUUUCUAUGUUUCGAUGUAUCGUACUCGGCAACACAAACCAGCAGUAAGAGAAUGAUAGUCUCAGUAUGACAAUGUAGCGAG